UAAACGCGGAGUCUGGCGCGUCCGGUGGAGAAGAGUCUUGGCGAGAGUUUGGCUGUUACUCCGAAUGUUUAACGAGUGUUUCACACCUCUAGUUGAUCCAAAAUGGCUACUCUGAUCUAUGUUGAUAAGGAAAAUGGAGAACCAGGCAUCCAUGCGGCUCCUAAGGACGGGCUGAAGCUGGGGUCUGUGCCUUCAGUCAAAGCUUUGGAUGGGAGAUCUCAGGUUUCAACACCACGUGUUGGCAAAAUGUUUGAUGCUCCAUCAGCUUUACCAAAAACUGCGAGAAAGGCUUUGGGAACUGUCAACAGAGCUACAGAAAAAUCAGUUAAGAUGGAUGGACCGCUCAAACAGAAACAGACAACUUUCUCUACCAAAAAGAUUACUGAGAAGACUGUUAAAGCAAAAACUUCGGUUCCUGCCUCAGAUGACACCUAUCCAGAAAUAGAAAAAUUCUUUCCCUUCAAUCCAUUAGAUUUUGAGAGUUUUGACCUGCCUGAGGAGCACCAGAUCGCCCACCUCCCCUUGAAUGGAGUGCCUCUCAUGAUCCUUGAUGAGGAGAGGGAGCUUGAGCAGCUGUUACACGUGGGCCCCCCUUCGCCUCUGAAGAUGCCUUCUCUGCUAUGGGAGUCUAAUCUGUUGCCGUCUCCCUCAAGCAUUCUGUCGACUCUGGAUGUUGAAUUGCCACCUGUUUGCUGUGACUUAGAUAUUUAAAUUUCUUAGCAUUUUAUAGUUUGGGUAUGUAUUAAUGGUUUGUAUUAAUAAAGCAAUUCUUUGUUUAACAGACUCUU